AUGGCGACGGAACCCCCGGGCGCGCCGAAGACGGUGACGUGGACGGAUACCGCGAGGUUCGACACCGGCGAGUGGGUCUCCCUGUGCGACGACCCGAGCGAGCUGAGGCUGAAGUGCACGCAAGGUUUACGCGAGGCGCGAAGAGAGCAAGCGACGCAAGCCUGCGCGCACUACGAGCAAGCGCUCGCCGCCGCGGAGGUCGCGGAGGAUGACGGACGGCUCGACGAGUCGCGGCAGAUCAUCGAGCUCGUGAUGAACCAUCUUCAAGAUUCCAUGGCGAGUUCGGAGUUCGAGGGCAGGCUGCGCGCGAUCGCCGCGAAGCGCGCCGAGGGCGCGUCGACGACGACGACGACGACGAACGUCGCCUCCUCGGAAGAAGAGGAGACGAGGAGGUCUUUGAAGGCGGCGGCGACGACGGCUCCCGCCGUUGAGGAGGAGGAGGAGGAGGACGCGUCCGGGGGGGCAUCGCUGACGCGCACGAAGAGCCUCCAGGAGCUCGAGGCGUCCGAGGACGAAGAGAUCGGCCUCUUGGCAGACCUCGCGCGGGACCGGGACGCGCCGCGACGACGCGAGGACGACGGCGGCGGCGUCGCCGCGCCGGAGACGCCGACGCCCGAGACGGAGACUGAGAAGGAAAAUAAAAUCCCCGGCGCCGGGAGAGACGACGAGAGCGAGAAGGAAAACGCCCCGGCGUCCGACCCCGCGCCCGGCGCGCUGAGCGAGAUGUCCUCGCUCGUCCCGGACGAGAUCGUGCUCAUGGCGCACGCGUGCUUCCUCGCCGGACGCGUGCGCGAGCGGCUGGGCGAGACGACGGAGGCGAGAGCGUUUCGCGUCGUCGGGUUGAAAUACGCGAGGUGCGUCCCGGGGGAGAUGCCGAAGGACGCGACGGUGCCGAGGUUUGAGAUUCCGAAGAGGAAGGAGUGGUGGGACGAGGACGAGGAGCGCGCGGAGCGCGAGCGCGGGGUGUUCGCGGAGAUGGGAGAAGAGGAAGAGGACGAGGGCGAGGAGAGCGACGAGGGCGGGGGCGGGAGGGAAGAGGGCGGCGGGUGGGAAGAGGGCGGCGGGAGGGAAGAGGGCGGCGGGGGAGAGACGCGCGCGCAGUCGCGGCUGUCGGAGCACUUUUUCCGUUCCGUGAAACGAUCGCGAAGGGACUCGGACAGCCUCGAGUGCGACGACGACGACGACGACGGCGAGGAGGAGGACGGCGAGAAGGACGGGGAGCGCUCGAGGAAGCACGCGUCGAGGAAGCACCGCGGACGGAAGCACAAAAAGGCCGAGCGCGAGAAGAAGCGCCGCAAGAAGAAAAAGUCGCACUCGCGGCGCUGA